CUUCCGUCACCAACAUCAUCAACCCCAUUCCCUGAUCAUCUCACAACACUGUUCCAAAUUGUUGUUGAAUUGCAGUUUUUUCCCAUUUUUUUAUAUCAUGCUCAUGAUUGUAGUCAAUUAUCCUUGCAAACUCUUCUAAAACCUUGAUUCCAGUGUCAAAAUUGAACUCAGAGUCUUUCCCCACAUUUUGUCACUCCAGUUAAAUUUGCAGUCACGUAACAUAACACUACAUUCAAGAUUGUAGUCAUCAGAAACUACAAAAAUCUUGACAUUAUUGUAAUCCAUAUUACAGUCUCAUACACUGCAAAGAUAUUGGAACUGUGAUUCAGAUUACAGUCACAGACACUCCAAAAUCUUGACACUGUUGAACAUCUCAAGAAUCUUCAAGCUACAGCUGAAACUGUAGUUGCAGGCACUUCAAAAAAUUUGAAAUUGUUACAGUCAAAUUUCCAGUAACAGACACUACCAAAAUCUUGAUACUGCUGUCAAAAUUUACCAUUUUCUUAAACCUUAUUCUCCAAACAGAAAAACCAUGACUGCUUCAUCAUCACUUCACCUUCUUCCUCUGACAACUUCUUCAUUCGAUGAAGCACUCCAAAAGCUUAAAAGCGUGUUACCCUUCUUUGGAUUCAUCAACAUGACGAUCAGCAGCAUGGUCACGAUCUACAGCGCGCACAGAAACAACGACACUCCCACCAUCGUAUUCGUGGCUUUCGUCUACUUCGGAUCCUUGUUCUUGGACUAUUGCUUCCGCUUGUACCACUCUCUUCCCCCAUCUUCGCCAUCUUCUCACAACAUUAAGGUCGUGAUCUGGGUUUUGAUCAGUUCCAUCAUGUUGGGGUUUGCAUUCGAGUUUUCAACUUUUAUGGGCUUUCUUGAGUCUGUGUUCUUCUUCGGCCUUGUGAUCAGUGGCAACUCGUAUCUGUUCUAUGUGUACUUCAUUUGGGACAGUGAGAAGAGUGGUGGUAGUGCUUGCAACAGUGAUGAUUGUUGUGAGCGUAAACCAUUGACAGAGGUUAAGGUUGUCGAUGAAGUGUGAUAAAGGUACCACCAGAGAGUGAACUAGGUUGAAGCAAUGUCUCUGUUUUGAUAUGAAUAAAUUCGUUUUACGUGUGUUUGUUUAUAAGCAAAAAAGUGUAUACCGUGUUAUCAACUACUUGGUUUGUGUAUUAAAAAGAAAA